GCCCUAUAAUAUGAUACUCGUGGCGCUAGAACCCACCCCGGAGGCCAAAAAGAAGAUCGCAUGUCUCACGACAAUUUGCGGCCUAUCCGGGAUCUCGAUCGAAGCCCCUCACAAGCGUGGCACUCCCGGGCAGUGCUACAGGUGCCAACUCUAUGGCCAUUCGGCGCGUAAUUGCCACGCGCGCCCCCGCUGCGUGAAAUGCCUCGGCGAUCACGCUACGUUAGAUUGCGUUAGAGAUAGGGAAACCGCGACCGAACCUCCCAGCUGUGUCCUAUGCCUUAAGCAAGGGCACCCCGCGAACUACUGUGGAUGUCCCAGGGCUCCACGAAAACGUCCAACCCACCCGGCUCCGCGAACCGUCGGCCCAAAGACUUCGGCACCUUCAGUGCCGAAACCCGCCUUCGUGCCGGCUGCAGUUCCCACGGUCUCAGCGUGGAAAAAGCCGCUGCCGUAUACGAAGGCGGGAACGGAAACCGCACCCCCGCUCGUGACACGCCCCGCGCCCCAGCCCCUGCUCGCACCUCGCCCCGCGCCCGCGUUCCGUCCCCCGCAACCCUCUGCCGUCAACGACUUCGCGCUCGUGCGUGACUUCGUCACUGCGGUGAACUUCGACCGUCUGCGAUCGUUCGCAGACGCGAUACGUAGGUCGGUAACCCCCGAACAGCGGCUCCCGGCCCUUCCGGGGGCCCCCUCCGGGAAAAAUUCCCCCAAACCGAAAAAAAAAUGGGGGGGACCCCCCGGUCUUUUACCCGAAAAAAAAGG